UAUACAUUCUGAAGACGGGAAUACAUUUUUUUUAAAUCCAAGAAUUUAAUGCAAACUCUAUAAUGUUUAAAGUACAAUUGGAAAGGCUAUUUCGGACUAACAGUGAUGGAAAUUGGGUCAUUUGACUCAUCAAGUCUCUUCAACAACCAUUUUUUAAAUUUUAUUAAACGUAAAAAGUUUAUUUUUUAUAUCUGUCUGUCCUUCACUAUUAACAUUUAUUCGCCUUUUAUAACACAAACAAAUACAGUGUAAAAUACAAUGAAAUACAAGGAAAAGAGCAUUGCUUUCAUUUGAUAAAAACGACUCACGAAUCGGUUCUCCUAAAGAGUCGGUUCAUUGUCUCGAUACAGCACUGUUUUCGGGGAUUGUGAGCGUUUGUGCAGAUGAUCGAGAGGUAUUAGUUGCUAAACAAAAGCAUUUCGGUGAGACGAAUUGCAAAAUAAAAAUAUAUUACAAACCAAUUUUAUAGUAUUGUAUUAAAAAAAUUAUUUUGACGAUCAGAAAUGCAUGUGACGAACCCGGCGCGUGCUGCCGUGUGUUGUGUGCGGCGCGCGCAUCCUCUUUGAUCCCGAUGCAGCCGGGAAGCACGCGCGGUUCAUGUGGAGGAAUGAUCGAACCAGAAACGUCCGCGUUUCCCGUCUGUCUGUUUUGUCGUCUAUUUUCGUUUAUUUUAAUCGGAAAAUUGAACUCGAUGUUAAACUGACCGAACUGUCGCCUUGUUCAAAGGCGGGGGAGGCGCACGCCAGCGGCAGACUCCCAAAAUCACUAGCGCGAAUAGAUACAGCUGGUGCGCAUCUUUGCUUUCAGACCUCUGCCUCUUCGGAUGGAGAACUCUGCGUUCUCAGAUCAUCCUCCAUAAUGCGGUUGUUGAUCAGCAUCAGCAUAGACAGACAGCACUGCAUCGCUUCAUGAUGCAGAAGAAUGGAAAUUAUAUACAAGGAAGCAGACUGGAUUAAAACUGCUUCUGUUCUCCUGCCACCUUUUCCAUCAUGAUGGUCUGCAACAUCAGUUCAGGAUGUGGUCUACCAGAACAUCACAUGCUCAACUAUGUUACAAAUGUCACUGGACUUCAGGAAACCUCCAACUUGCCUUUACCUGUCAGCCUGAAGAUCGUGCUGUCUGUUAUAAUGGUGGUCAUCAUCGCCACCGGUUUUCUCGGAAAUGCCAUUGUCUGCCUUGUAGUUUAUCAAAAGCCGGCAAUGCGCUCUGCCAUCAAUCUCUUACUAGCCACACUGGCUUUCAGUGACAUCAUGCUCUCGCUCUUCUGCAUGCCUGUUACUGCUGUUACCGUGGUGUCCGACGACUGGUGUUUUGGACUGGACUUUUGCCGCAUCACGCUCGUGCUCUAUUGGCUCUUUGUUUUGGAAGGCGUGUCCAUCCUGCUGAUCAUCAGUGUGGACCGCUUCCUCAUCAUCGUGCAGCGGCAAGACAAGCUGACCCCGAGUCGCGCUCGCCUGCUCAUCACCGCUUCCUGGUUUUUCUCCUUCUGCUUGGCAUUGCCUGCUGCUGGCAGCGUGCCAACACUUAAAGCUUCACGCUGCGUUUUGGGCUACAUUGAGUCCCCAAACCGUGGCUACACACUGCUGAUGGUCAACGCAGUCUUUUUCGUGCCUGUGAGCGUCAUGCUGGUGUCCUAUUUGAGGAUCUUGAACACGGUGCGCCGCAACGCCUUGCGCGUCCACAACCAUACCUUCCCGGAACAUGGAGGAAAAGUGAGUUUGCCGGUUCUACGGCGCCCCCCGCAGCUCAAUGUGGACAUGAGCUUCAAGACCCGCGCCUUCAGCACAAUCCUUAUCCUUUUUGUCGGCUUUUCAGUGUGCUGGCUGCCUCACACGGUGCUUGGCCUCUUGGUUGCUUUUAAUCAGAAAUUCUACACGAGUGGCGAGUUUUACGCAGCAAGCGUUGGCGCGCUGUGGCUCAGCUACGUGAAAGCCGUGUUCAACCCCGUGGUGUACUGCUGGAGGAUCCGCAAGUUCCGCGAGGCCUGUGACGAAUUUGUGCCCAGGAGCUUCAGGAUGCCCAGGCUGAGGGCACGUGGCGGGCCCAGGGUUCGACCCUGCAGCAUCUACGUCUGUGCUGAGAGCCAGUCGGCCAUGUGACGCUUUGCCAGACAAGCUGUUGCUUCAAAUCAAUCAUUUAUUUUUCUUUGGAAACCUCUUUACCUGGACAGGGUAACGGUGGAUCUGGAGCCCAUCCAGGACACACAUGGUUGGACUAUACCCUGAAUGAUAAAAAAAAAAAAAAAGUCCAUAGCAGUGCUCAUACACACACAUUCACAUACUUAUCAACCCUUAGGGGCAGUUUAUCGAAGGCAGGCUACCUACCAACAUGUGAAUUGGAGGUGACAGGAAGUACAGAGUACAGAUGUAACUCAGGACUGAACCGGGGACCCUGGAGCAGUGAGGCGCUACACACAACCAGAUACUUCUAAUAUAAGCUGUUAAGCUGUUUCUAUAUAUACAAAUAAUUAAGCUGCUAGAAAUUCACAUUUGACCUGGUCUGGUUUAACCAAAAGUAUCACAGUGCAAAGGUCACUUUUUAUUUCAUAUCUUUUUGAAUAUUUCAUAUGUGACAAAGGUUUAAAUCAGGCCUUUUUUUCUAUUUCGUCAGUUCAGAAUUAUAUUUAUAGCAAAACGUAAUGAUGCAACUGCGACAUUUCGGUUUUGUAACUUGUCUAUAUUUCCCGAUAAGCCUCAGUGAAACAACCAAGCCACUUUAUGAAAAACUAUCCAGUAUUUUGAGCGUACGUGACCAGUUGAAAAGUUUACAGAUCGCUUUUUAAAGAGAAAUAUUUUCUCAUAAUGUAGAAUUCUACAGUAAAUAUUUGUAAACCCUUUGCCUUUAACUAACACCAAUAAUAUUGAACCUCAAUGUAAUAUGUGGCUCUGCAAAGCCCAUAAUCUUGCACAUUUCUUUUUUCAAUUUUCUUUUUUAUAUAUGCCAGGUGCACACACUGCCUUCUUCAGGUCUGGAGACUGAAAGGCACAGCACAACAUUGAGAAUUUAUCUGCCUUGUGUUUCCAACUGCUGUUUCCUUAAACAAUAUGGUACACCAGUUCUCUUUCUUUCUUUUUUUGGAAAUCAAUGCAAAUUAUAAUUGAAGAUUUUAAUUCAACUUUUUUAAAUGAACUUUUUUUCCCAUAUAAAAGCAGUAAUACAAAAUUUGCCUUUGGUUCCAAGUUAAGUGCAUAACAGAAAUAUACACCUGAUGAUAACUUCGAUACUCAGUUAUACUCAUGUUAAUAUAUUGCAUCCAGCCCUAACCAAACAAACACGGGUGCAAGGGCCUGCUGAUGAAACUGAGCCUUAAAUGACUUGUCUCCAGUUAGUCCACUCUACUCGGUAAAGGAAAAAUCCACCCUAAACAACUUCCAUAUUAAUAUAUAUAUAUAUAUAUAUAUAUAUAGUUAACCUCCAAACUUUGUGUUGGUGUCAAAGAUUGAGGUUGAUAUUGAGGUUCUUUCACAGAGUUCUAUAGUAUUCACAUUCUGUACAUGCUGUAAUGCUUUAGCCCUUUGUUGUAUCCAGCUCUCUGACCUGCUCAUCUGUACACUGUUCAGCAGAUUCAAAUAUUACAACUUUCUAAAACAUCACCACGCUCUUUAUCUUGUAGCCGAGUCUCGGCCGUAAUUCGGUGCAACUCCAGUGAUUUACUAGUUUUCAUUAAUAUGACACGGAACUUUGCUUGAAAAUGUGAAAAUACAAGCUUUUUUUUUUAAGGAGUUAAGAGAAAAAAACCUGCUGGCUUUGACUUUUUUUUUUUUUUUUUUUAACCUCCUUCCGAUCUUCCAUCUUUACAGUAGAGCAGCACAGAACUGCUGAUUUUAACCUCACUAGAUUUGUUGAAGACGUCAGAAACAUUGCACCAUAAUAGCCGUUUUAGGGUGGAGUCUUCCUUUACAGUUGCUAUUGGACAAGCUGCAAGACACGGAUAUUUGUAAAUAUUUAACAGCUGUGUAUUAAAAGAUGCACAAAAGCUCACCAUUAACAUAAGCAGUCAUGUUUAUUAAAAUGGACAUCUUUACAUUUUGUACAUUCCAACUACACGGCCAUCGAUUUACAAAGCGACAAACCAUUAUAAAUACAGUAUGUACACACGAGUAGAUAUGCAUUUAUAAAAUACUCGAGCAGGUAGAAAGAUGCAGACAGAUUCCAUCCGCAGGGUGUUCGGUCAGAAGGCUGUAGUUAGAUGCAUUCGUGUAAUCAACAAGAGGAAUUUAGAGUUCAUGUAUAAGACCAGGUUGUGUUGCAUGAUGAAAUUCAGGGCCGGGCUUGGUAAAAAAAAAAAAAAACACGUGUUGAUGUGUCAAAAUCAUUGUGAAACUCCAGUGCUUUUGGAGAUCCAGGCCCUGUAUUAAUGAACUUGUCAGACAAUCACACAGAUUUGAUGUUAAAAGACAUGUGAAAUUGUUAUUUCCAUUUUUUCCUUCACUGUAUUUCAUUUGUCCUGCUGUCUAUGCAUAACACUUUUUGUUUGUACAGUGAAAUCUGCACAUAUAUACAUCCAAUAAAAGCUGAGCCUGAACCAG